UUUUCUUUUUGAAGAUACCAUGGCAACGACUAUACAUAAUUUACCUAUUGAAAUUAUAAAAGAAAUAUUUUUACAACUAAGUCGACGUACCCAUACCCAUGUUUGCAAACAUUGUCUCACCUUAGGAAAGAACCCAUGUCGAUGUUGGCAGCUCGAUUUACUUACUGUGGCGUUAGUUUGCUCCCACUGGUAUUCUAUUGCCUCUCAUGUCAUCCAGAUAACUGAAAGAGCCCAACUGCCCUGGAUGCAACUGCUCAAUUUGACAGAUCAACAGAGAUCUUAUCCGCUUCGUUCAAAACUUAUCAAUUUGCUGAAUGAGUCGAGGCGCCGCUCCCUUUUUUUCCAUUUACGUGUUCGUCAUUUAGUCAUUGAUUUUAAGACGUUUGGUAUCACUGAAAAGCCCAAACUAAAGAAAGCAGACAAGACAUCCGACGUGAUGAAGCUACUGCAACUCUGUCCCUCUACAGAACGGCUAGAUAUAAUCUAUGAUGCAUCGUUUGUGUCGUUUGUGACAAAUGAACGAUCAAGGCAGCUUUUUUCAACCAAGAUAACCAGUCUUGCUCAAUGUAUUCACGAGAACAAUCAUCAGAUAAGGAGGCUAGACCUUGUGGGCUACAACCCCUUCCAGCGAUGUCCCUGCUGUGCUGGAAAAUGCUGGGAUGGUCAUCUAUCUCCUUUACUGAAAUGUUUGCCCUCUUUACACACACUUGUUCUUCAACACGUGCUACCAUCAAGGGAGGUGCUAGAGACAUUAGCAACUCACAGCUGUCUGGAAAGAAUCGUUCUCUAUAGGUCUAUCGUGACCAUUCCUCUAAAAAGAAUAAGGCAGACAGACUGUACACAGCAACGAAUGACAACCAUCAGCCAUAUACCUGACUGUCUAUGGAAACAAGUCAAGAUAAUAGAGAUUUAUGAGGAUAUAGAAGACGUCACACACUGGCCGGCCCAGCGAUACAUGUUGGAACUGGUAGAACGUGUUGGAAGUAGAUUGGAAUCCUUUGUAUUGCAAUUUGCAACCAAAGAGACAAACGAAGCCAGGAUGUCACGGUUAGAUCAACCCAGUGAUAAUAAUGAAUUCAAUUUCAGUCAAUCAUCGCCUUUGCUGAAGUUGAAGAUAAAAUGUGGGGAAUCACUGAAGCAGAUUUCAUUGGUGAACGUUCCUGAAGUUUUGCUUUAAGAGAGGGUUUAAGCCACUCUUGCCUAAUUAGUGUAAAUGCCCACACACACACAAAAAACAAUCAAAUUGUAAUAUUCUUUUUUUCUUUUUUCUUUUUUU